UCUCCAAUAAUUAACACGGACCAGUCUUGAUAAGGAUAGGCUAAUAUAAUAAUACAUUAAUUGAUACAUUAAUAUAAUAAUAAAUUAAUAAAAUAGGCCUAAUAAUAAUUAAAAUCACAUAAACAGUUUUUAAGUGGCAUUUCAUUUCCAUUUUGACAUUUCUUAAACAUCAACUGAACCCACUUUGAUGUUAAAGCAGGUCAAUCCCUUGAUGCUUAGUUAUACUACUUACAUUAUGUUCUGAUCUGACCUCCAAAUCAUUCACACAAUAAACACACAUUGUUCACAAUGUCAUAUCAGUUAUGCCAACAAUAGCCCCGCACAGUAUUUAGUUAGUGAGCCACAUCUCAUAAGGUUUCACAGGAGGGUCAGUGGUCAUUGGGAUUGGACCUUCACCUUGAGUUAGAUGAUAAGAAUAGAUUCCCCUUGCUUCCUUGUAGUACCAGUGCGGCUCAUUGUGUGUCUGUCUCUCUGUCUUUCUCUCUCUGCUCGGACUUGUUAAGAAAUAUCUCAAACUCGUAAAUACUUUUUGGAUCUUCAUUUUGCCUCUGGAUGGAUCGAUAUCAACACUAAAUAACAAGCGAUUGGACUAAACCUUAACAGCACAGACACAAAUAGAUAUUUUGAUAGUUUGAUAUCACAGUAUAUUUAACCAGAGCAACAAACAACUUCUAGUGUGGAUGGUUGGAGAGGAGCUGGAGAAGACUGUGGAGAAGAAGCAGACAGACACUUCAGGAGAUCGAGGAGCAGAGGCACGGCUGGAGCCAGGACCGACAUCAUGAGCCACUACAGCGACGGGUCCUUCUACAACCCGGCCUACCACGACAGUGAGACUCUGGAGCUGGACAGAAGACCCCCCUUCAAGCCCCGACACAGCAACCCCUACGCCCAGGACCUGCCCCCCCCCUGGCAGGCCGCGAGGGCCUCGGCGGUCUCCACGGUGACGGGCCCCAGGGCCAACGCGGACCCCUGGGAGGGAGGCGCGGGGGGGGGCCUGAGGGCCCUGGGAGCCCUUCCCUUAGGGCCCCGGCCGUCACAACACCAGGAGCCCCCGUGGCAGCGACAGCCCGACCACAGCUCGGUCCACGGCGAAGGGUCCUUCCACGAUGCCGCCGGUCCGUCCCGGUUCCCCGCCACCUUCUCAGCCAACAUGACGAUGCGGUUAAGGGGAAUGAGGAGAAUGAGCAUGUUUCCAAACGGAGACCCCUCCCACCUGUCAAUCACAGAGGGCGCCAUCAGGAACGAGCUGGAGUACGAGGAGCAGAACUUGGUGAAAGAGCUGAUGGCCUGCUCCACAAAGGAGCGCAUCGAGGGCAUCAGGAAACUCCCCAUGACCUACCAUGAGAAGAAACACAUCAGGAACAGAGUGCUGGCCUCCAAGUCGUCCAAGAAGUCUCGCCACCUGUCCUGCCUUGCAGACUGCUCUGAGCGCAUGUCGUUGUCUCUCCGUAGGGGUGCGUCGGGCGUGGCGGCGGCCAGGCAGGCCCUGGACCUGUGGCAGGGCACCAUGAAGGAGGUCGGGGGCUCCUUCGGCUCCAGCGUCCUCUCCUACUUCCUGUUCCUCAAGUCGCUGCUCCUGCUCAACGUCUUCUCCUUCGUCAUCAACUUCAGCUUCAUCACCGUCCCCAUGCUGGCCUACGACCACGUGCCCCACGUGCCCCCCAACGUGACCUUCCGAGGCCUGGAGCUGCUCACUGGAGCGGGCUACUUCAGAUACACGGUCCUGUACUACGGGGCCUACAGGGCUGACUCCUCCACGGGCCUGGUGCACUACAACAUCCAGCUGGCCUACUUCUUCACCAUCGCCGCCUACAUGGUGCUGUGCGGAGCGGCCGUCCUCUACAGCAUGGCCAGCUCGUUCAAGAUGAACUACGUCCUGUCUGACCCGGUGGGCGGCGGCUCCUGGCAGCUGCUCUGCACCUGGGACUUCAGCGUGACCAAUGAGAAGGCGGUGAGGCAGCGGAAGAACAACCUCCGCAUCCAGCUCAAGGAGAGUAUGUCAGAGAGGAGCCAGGGGACAAGUCUGACCCCCGCCGAGAAGAUGAGGCACUUUGGCAUCCACCUCGGUGCCUGGUUCAUCUCCACCAGCAUGGCCGUCGGCUGUGGGAACGCCAUCUACUACCUCAGCCAGUACGAACAGCAGCAAGCGACCAACACGGAGGACUGGUCUCCGGCCCGCGAGGCGGAGACGCUGCUGGUGCCCUUCGUGGUGUCCCUCAUCAACCUGGUGGUCCCCCUCUUCUACUCGCUCUUCAACAAGUUUGAGCUGUACUCCAGCCAGCGGAGGCAGAUCUACGCUCUGAUCAUCAGAAAUGUGAUCCUCAAGAUGUCCAUCCUGGGCAUCCUCUGCUACUUCUGGGUCAACGAAGUGGCCCACAAGUUCUUAUGCUGGGAGUCCAUGGUGGGCCAGGCUCUUUACCGCCUGGUCGUCUUCGACUUCUUCUUCAUGAUGUUGGGUUCCUUCUUCGGAGAGUUCCUGAGCAAGGUGAUCGGGACUCGAUGGAUCCCAGGCCUCGGGGUCCCAGAGUUUGACGUAGCGAGGAACGUUCUGGAUUUAAUCUAUGCUCAGACGCUUGCUUGGAUUGGGAUCUACUUUUCUCCUCUGCUGCCAGUCCUCCAGAUCUUCAAGUUUCUGGUUUUGUUUUACCUGAAGAAGGUCAGCCUGAUCCAGAACUGCCAGCCCCCGCGGCGGGUGGGCCGGGCGGCGCAGAUGAAGACCAUCUUCAUCGCGCUCCUCUUCUUUCCCUCCUUCGUGGGCUCGCUGUCCCUGGUGGCGUACACCUCCUGGAGCCUGACCCCUUCCCGAUUCUGCGGUCCGUUCAAGGGCCUGGACAGUACCUUCAGUGUGGUGGUGGUCUGGAUGAACAGCCUGGAGAAGGUGCCCGCCGCCGCAUGGGCGGUCUGGGUCUACGCCAACGUGGUCCGCAGUGAGAUCUUCUACUUCCUGGUCACCAUCAUCAUCCUGUUCAUCACGUUCGUUUUCUGGCAAGUCACCCAAGGUCGCAAGCUACUCAUUCUCCUACUGAGGCAGCAAAUCGUUAAUGAAGGAAAAGACAAGACCUUCCUGCUUGACAAACUUCAGGCUCUUCAGAAAUCUCAUCCCACUCAACCAAAGUCCAAGAUCAAGAAACAGCGGCGUUCCGGCGGCUCCUCGACGGGCGUGCGGUCUAGCUCCAACGCCAUGGUGCAGACCUUCCUGUCCGUUGAGCAAGGCAGCAGAGGGACCUACCUCCGGGAGCCCCCCUCUCCCUCCCACCUCUCCAUCAGCUUCCAGAGGACCCCCCUCCCGUCGGAGCGCCAGUCCCCCUCCGACGCCCUGGGGCUGACCCUGAGGGCGGGGCAGCGGGCGGAGGUCCACCAGCCCUGGACCCCCCCCGCCUCAGACCCCCUGGUGCAGCCCCCCUGGACCCCCCCCUCAGAGGACCCGCUGGUCAGGGUGAUGCGGGCCAGGGACGCCUACGAGGGACCCCCGGUCCCCCUGGACGGCGGGACCUCCUCCGCCUCCGGGGUCAUGAUGCAGGUGAUGGAGGCCAGGAGGAGGGCGGAGGGGGGCGGGGGGCGGGGGGGCCCAGAGAGAAUAGGGCCCGGCUCCUCCAGUGCGCUGAUCCAGGCCAUGCUGGCCCGACAGCAGGCGCAGAACGAGUACGACGACGGGUACUGAGCCCGCCGGGCUCCAUGCCAACUACCAGCGCUGGGGACUAGACUAUCUGGGCUCCAUACCAACUCUACCAGCGGUGGGGACUUGACUAUCUGGGCUCCAUACCAACUCUACCAGCGGUGGGGACUAGACUAUCUGGGCUCCAUACCAACUCUACCAGCGGUGGGGACUAGACUAUCUGGGCUCCAUACCAACUCUACCAGAGGUGGGGACUAGACUAUCUGGGCUCCAUACCAACUCUACCAGCGGUGGGGACUAGACUAUCUGGGCUCCAUACCAACUCUACCAGCGGUGGGGACUAGACUAUCUGGGCUCCAUACCAACUCUACCAGCGGUGGGGACUAGACUAUCUGGGCUCCUUACCAACUCUACCAGCAGUGGGGACUAGACUAUCUGGGCUCCAUACCAACUCUACCAGCGGUGGGGACUAGACUAUCUGGGCUCCAUACCAACUCUACCAGCGGUGGGGACUAGACUCUCUGGGCUCCAUUCCAACUCUACCAGCGGUGGGGACUAGACUAUCUGGGCUCCUUACCAACUCUACCAGCGGUGGGGACUAGACUAUCUGGGCUACAUACCAACUCUACCAGCGGUGGGGACUAGACUAUCCGGGCUCCAUACCAACCGUACCACAAUAGGCCGAAUGGGGAAGAUGGGAGAUAUGCAGAAGUCAAUUAUUUCUGUUUAAAUCUCACUUUGCAAUAUAGUUCAAAUCAAUAGUUAAUUAGUUAGUUCAUGUAUAUUCAUCUAUAAGGACACAGAGAGACGGUCUCAAAUGCAUUUCUAUGAAGUUAAUCAUUUCUGUUUGUGAGCGAAGAACCAUUUUGAUAAAUCUCUUCAUCCAUUUAUUUAUUUACCUAAAUGGAGCAACUUUUUAUACGAAACUCAUUAAUAAAUUAAUCCUAUUUAUGACCUAUUUCUUUCUUGCAAUGAAGGCUUAUGCCUUUGAAGGAUGGGAUUAAUGUUUCUCUAAUUAGUCAUGUUUUUUAAAUGAAUGAUAAAAAAUGCUUUUACUGUACAUGGUUUCAAUUAAAAAGAAAACAACA